CCAUUAUACAACUAAAACAAAACAGGCCAGAAAAGCUAUGCUGCGAUUGGCCCAACAUGUGUAUUGAUUUUCCAGAAAACGAUCUAUAUUCCGCCGGUGGCCGACGAGGAGAACUCCAGCAGUGGUGAUCGGAGGAGAUGAGCUGAUGCAAGGAAGCUGCCGUCUCAACAAGUGAAGGAUUCGGUCUAAGAGGAAGCUUCCCACGGCUAACAUUGACGGAGCUGAGGCAUGCGAUUAAGUACAUAGGAAUAACCAAAUAAAAUGAGACAAACCAAGAAAAAGAAAUAGCAUGAGAAACAAAUCCAAGAAGCAAACAAAACAGUGAAAAGCAUGCGUGAUCAGAAGACAAGUCCAGGAAGUUAAUGCCAAUCCCCUCCUCGCUUGUACUAAAAUUUGCAAGGAAAGAAGGGGGAAAAAAAAAUACAUGUUGUUGCAGACUGACGUUCACACAAAUCAAAUAAGUUGCAGGCAGAUUUUUGCACAGAUCAAAUACUAGGUUCUUGAUGCCAAACGUGCAAUUGUUCACCACCGAAAUGUUGCUUUUGAAUUAAUAGCAUAGUUUCUCUUAGGUUUUAUUUGGGAAGUAGAAUUAUUUUAAUUUAAAAUUUAAAUUUAAUAUUAACAGAUUGGAGGCUGAUAAUGAGUUGGUUAUAGCAUACUUUGUCAACAUUUAAAUUUGCUUUACUAGUAUUUUCUAUUAAUUAGAUUAAUGGUGUUAUGAUUGAAGAACUAGAAAGACACUUAAUGAAAUUAAGGGAUGGUAUUGAAACAUCAUAUAAAGUUAGAGGACAAAAAGUGUGCUUUUGCUUUAAAACUAUCUUCAGUUGUCAUUCGUUAAUAAAUUCUUGAGGCAGUAAAUGUUGUGUUUUAAUGUCUCUGUUCAAACAGAUGGCUUCUACUGCUGUGAGUCGGUUAAUAAAAUUUUUGCUCUAUCUGAUUUUAGCGGUUUGAGAUUAAUUUAGUUGCUUGCUUUCUGUAUGUUAGUUAAGGUUAUAACUUAGAUCCUGAAACAUCAUUGUUUCUCUCAUGUCUUGAGUCUUUUUAGGUCCUCGAUUGCAUCCAUUUUCUUGUGCUCCAGGUUGUUUAGGCAGGCAGUUGGGACCAAGGCUUCUUAGUAGGGUUGAUGAAUCAGGGGAGAAAUCAGUUUGAGAUUUUUACCAGAUCCUUAAGGAAGUAUGCCGCAGCUCAGUUGCUUUCUAAAACUAAAGAACUACAUGCCUGCAUCAUCAUCACCUUUGGUCUUCUCUCCUAUUCUUCCUCUAAGCUUUGCCCAAUUCUUGCCACAACCUAUGCGCAGUGCAAUCACACCUCAUAUGCGCAUGAGCUGUUUGCCAAAUUGCCUCAUCGAAACUUGUUCUCAUGGAAUAUGAUGAUCAAGAUGUAUUGCCAAAAUGGUCGCCCCUGUGAUGCACUGAAACUGUUUGUUGAUAUGCUUGCUUCAGGUCAGAGUCAACCUGACAACUUUACGUAUCCAUUUGCCAUCAAGGCUUGUGGGGACUUGUCAUUGAUUCGCAUGGGUGUCGGAGUUCAUGGGCAGACUUUGAAAACUGGCUUUGGUUUGGACCAGUUUGUCCAGAACAAUCUGAUGGCAAUGUAUAUGAAUUGUGGGGAGAAAGAAGCGGCACAGCUGGUUUUUGACUCAAUGCAGGAACGAACUGUGGUGUCUUGGAAUACCAUGAUUAAUGGGUAUUUCCGAAACUCCUGUGUAGGUGAGGCUUUGAUGGUUUAUAAAAGGAUGAAGGAUGGAGACGUAGAGCCUGAUUGUGCAACAGUAGUUUCUAUAUUACCUGUUUGUGGUUAUUUGAAGAAUGUGGAGCUAGGAAGAGAGAUUCAUGCAUUUGUGCAGGAGAAGGGGUUUUGGGGGAAUAUAGCUGUGAGGAAUGCUAUGUUGGACAUGUAUGUUAAGUGUGGCCAAAUGGAAGAAGCAUGGUCAUUAGCGAAUAGGAUCAAAGAGAAGGAUGUGGUGACUUGGACAACCUUGAUCAAUGGUUAUGUUCUGAAUGGUGAUCCGAGACGUGCUCUGAUGCUUUGUCACAUGAUGCAAUGUGAAGGAGUGAAACCCAAUUUUGUGAGUAUAGCUUCUCUUCUAUCAGCUUGUGCCAGUUUAGUUUUCUGGAACCCUGGCAAGUGCUUGCAUGCAUGGGCAAUAAGGCAUAAACUUGAGACUGAGGUUAUGGUGGAAACUGCCUUAAUUGAUAUGUAUGCAAAAUGCUGUCAUGUUGACCGCAGUUAUAAAGUGCUAAUGAAAACCUCAAAAAAGAGAACUGUCCCAUGUAAUGCACUUCUAUCUGGGUUCAUACAUAAUGGGCUUGCAAGAGAAGCAGUAGAACUCUUCAAGCAGAUGUUACUGGAAGAAAUACCACCUAAUGAUGCAACCUUCAACAGUCUUCUUCCAGCAUAUGCUAUUCUUGCUGACCUCCAUCAGGCAAUGAACAUACAUUGUUACCUUAUAAGAUCUGGAUUUGUUUACUUGCUUGAAGUAUCAAGUAUUCUAGUUGAUAUAUACUCAAAGUGUGGAUAUUUGGAGUAUGCGCACAAGAUUUUUGAUAUAAUCCCUCUAAAGUAUAAGGAUAUUGUUAUUUGGAGUACGAUAAUUGCUGCUUAUGGAAAGCAUGGACAUGGAGAUAUGGCCGUAUCACUAUUCAAUCAGAUGUUGCAAUCUGGAGUAAAACCAAAUAAAAUUACAUUCACCUCUGUUCUGCAUGCUUGCAGCCAUGCAGGGAUGGUUGAUGAGGGUUUGAGCAUUUUCAAGUUGAUGCUGGAUCAACACCGGAUUAUCCCUUGUACUGAUCAUUAUACUUGCAUCAUUGAUCUUCUUGGUCGUGCAGGUCGACUCAAUGAUGCUUAUGAUCUUGUUGAAACAAUGCCUGAAACACCUAACCAUUCUGUAUGGGGUUCACUUCUUGGUGCUUGUGUGAUCCAUGAGAAUGUUGAACUGGGAGAAAUGGCUGCAAGGUGCCUUUUUGAGCUUGAGCCUGAAAAUACAGGAAAUUAUGUCUUGUUGGCAAAACUUUAUGCUGCUGUAGGAAGAUGGAGUGACGCAGAGAAGGUUAGACAUAUGGUAAAUGAGGAAGGGUUAAGAAAAGCACCUGCUCAUAGUUUGAUUGAGGUCAGAAACAUGUAAACUGGGCAUGCUUUUGGUAGAUUACCCUAUCAGUCUGCUGCAUUCUCGGCUUCGCGGAAAUCUACAGAGUUCUGUCCAAUGCUGAAUAGCUUUAGAAGGCCCCAUCAAAUAUAUAACAGGUCUAAAGAGGCUCUUGAACAUGCAUCAAUUGGUCAGUUAUAGAAGAGGCAUGUUUCUUGGAGAUUGAUAUGAUUGGAGAGUGCAAGAACUAUGCUUAUGAAUGUUAACAUAAAAGAUGCCAACUGUCCUCUCCUUCAACAUCUAAUGACUGGGUAGGCAGGCACUCAUCUUGAAAGGUUGAUUAAUACCGGAGCUUUGUUCUCUCAAGGAAGUCAAUGUGAUAAAUCUAAUGAUUUAUGAUUUUAUAAUUAGUCUUUUGCAUGGUUCUUAUCCACUUGAUUUCUUGUUAAAGAUGAAUUUUGUGUAAGAAUAAAUAAAUUCUAUUAAAUUAAAUAAUUCCAAAUUCAAUUA